UUUUCUUUCAAGACGAUCUAACUGUGUUGCAAUGGGCAAACAAACUCAUAAGAAAAAGGCCGGCAAGCGAGCAAAUCCUUUAGCAACCUCGCAGGUUCCGAAUGGAAUGGCCGAGAUUGUUCCGAAGGAGGAAGAGAUUAUUCCCAUUUUGCAGAAGCUCUCUUCUUCUAGUGGAGGUGAUAGAGCGUGGGCAACAGCCGGUAUCUCAAACUUGCUGGUAGCGAAUGCUCCCACACGAAAACUGCUUCUCUCGAAAGGCGUCGCUACUCUCUUGAUCGAACGACUCACCGAUCCAGAGUACGCCGUCGUUCAAGAGGCACUGGGCGCACUGAGAAAUUUAACGGUAGUGGAUGAUACUAUAGCGCCAACCCUGUUCGCAGGAGAUAUUUUGACUCCCAUUUCAUCGUUGAUCCCCAAGGUGUCUACUGUCAUCCAUAAGGUGUUGACAGACGAACCUGUUGUAGAUGAGGAAGACAAGGAGAUGCGCAAAGGAAUUUGGGAUUUCGCAGAAAACUUGAUUUCUAUCAUGUGGAGUUUGAGUGAGGCAUCCGAGAACCAUCUCAAAUCCAUCAACAGACUUAACAUCAUUACAUUUUUGACCUCAUUCAUGACUUCGGCUGAUAAGUGCCCACUCAAGGUAGUCGUUGCAGCUGGUCAAUGUUUGAACACACUUACUGAUGACAAUAAGGACAUCUACAUUGAAUUUCAAAAUCACCCUGAAUACAUUGACAUGCUCGUAUCCAUCGUGAAGAACUUGACAGAUGAGGACAAAAUUCUUGUGCGAAUACUUGCUUGUGCUACACUACUUAAUGUUCGCGAGGCGGUGCAAUCCACUGGAUCAUGGGACGAAGAAAGUGAUCCAAUUGCAGAGAUGAACAAGUCUAUAUUACCUAUUCUUGUGGAAGCUUUGAAUUUCGACAUAGAGAAGGCUUCUGAAGAAUGCAUUCAGGCUGUUAACAGUGGGAACUUGACCAAGGAUGAUCAGACUGGUGAAAUAUCUGCCAAGCCUAAGCAACCGCUGACAAACGAGGAUGAAUUGGUGCAAAAGGUUCAAGAGCGUCUCACUACCCUCCAAUUGGCAUUAGAGUUGAUCUCCAACAUUUGUAUACAAGAUAAUACCGAAGACGAUGGCAAGAUAUCCUAUCCUCCUCAAGAAACCCCUGCCAAAUAUGCACCACAGAGUAUUGAAAGCAGCAUCAUCAAUGCCUUCUCCAACACUCAUUUGCGCGCCAUCGAAUGUUUGAACAACUUUUUAUUGACCAUGAAUGAUCUGCCUUCCAAGUUUUGGUUUAAGGAAAAGAAGGAAGAUGCUCAGAAUGCUUGGAUUUGGUUAUUCCAAACUGCUGGCGGCGUUGCAGGAUCCGGUGUUGCGGUGGGAGACGAAGAGCCUGGUCAAGAGCUUCGUGGCGCUGUACUUGAAGCAAUUGUUGGAUGUCUGUGGGCUCUUGCCCGUGGACUUGGCCAAGAUAUUGUCUUACAAGGUUUCCACGUACCUGCCCUCCAAGGUGCUUAUAACUCCUGUGCUCGUGAUUCACUACGCGUCAAGUGUGUGGGAACUCUCGGUGUGAUCGCGAUGCGACAAGGUGAUAUUGAAAACAACAAGAACAUUGGAGAUUUCUUUAUCAAGGCAUUGAAAGAACUGCCUCCCAAGGGCUCAACCACCACCGAUGCAGCCACCGAAAUAUUAAACGCCCUUUUCGACGUCUAUGGCGAUUGUGCAUUUGACUAUGACUUGCCUGUCUUUGUCAACGGCGGCUAUUUAUCUGCCCUAAAAUCCGUAUUGCCGGCGUAUAAGAAUGUCGUCAAAGCUACGGACAAGCGGAAGUUCCGGGACCUUCGUCUUCGUGCCGACGAAGCACUUGGCAACCUUAAUGCAUUCAUCCGCUACAAGACGGAUGAAAGAAAAUAGAUCGACCUCAUAUUGUAAUUUUGCUCUUAUUCCAUUUUCCCCCUUAAAUCAACAAUAUAAAAAAUAAAAGUAUGCAUCCCCCAUUAUCGUAUUACCAUGUCAA